CCACAGACAACGCCCGGCAACGGUGGCGUGGCCGCGACAUCCCCUCCCCGACUCCCCUGUGAGGCGCCGUUGUCUACAGUAACGAGGUGCUGAGCAUGGUGUGCCAGGCGCUGGCGGUGCACACGCUGCCGGGGAACAUGUCGACGGGCGUGCUGCAGCACAUCACGUACGGCGGCUACAUCAUCAUCGUCACCGUCACCCUCAUCGGACUCUCCACCAACGAGCGCAUACCGCGCAAAAUCGACAUGGUCUACUCGCUGACUGGCGCCACGCUGCAGAUGGCCGCGGGCAGCAACCUGAUCGACAAGGUGCGCAGGAUCCACAGCUGGCCGCCGCUGUACUACAACGGCCGCGCCUGCGGGCUCGCCUGCGGGUCGCUCGCCAUCAUCAACUCCGCCUUCUUCCUGAUCGACUUCAUCAUCCCCUUCUUCGACCUGGAUGACGACGAGGACGACUACUACUACUGAGCAGCGGCUGGUCGCUCUCAAGUGAACGGCCAGAUGCGCGCCAUUCCGGCCUCGGCGCCCGUGCGGUUAUCGUGGCAAACUGCCAACUCAACUGGAACAUCUAGUGUUAAGCUCAAAGUAUACAACAGUCAAAGAUUACCAAGCGAAAAUGUGUUUUAUUACCCUGCGUCGGUUUACAGAGCUAUUGCAGGAACACUUCCUCGAAUGAAACAGGUCUUUCUCGACAAAAAAAUUGGAAUCACACAUGGUUAACAUGUAGCAUCGCUUGGUGAAUUCCUAAAUGCAGAAAUUAAAAUCAAAACACUACUUAUAGUUAAAGAUAAAAAGAAAAGAAGUGGAAGCAGAAGAUAAUUGACAACUUACAUGAUUUGCGUAGCUAACACAGCUAUCAUUGUUGAUAAAAAAUUAACGCAGAGACAGCUCCAAACAUGAUGGCGUAGGCGCAUCCUUCUCGUUGUAGACGGACACACUCGCAGGAAAGCAGUUUCACGAAUGAGUUUCUAGGCUCAAACAAUGCUGACUAAAGCGCGUUUCAGUCCAACGACAAAUUUCAUAUGCGCGUUGAUGUUAGACCACCUUCCGUCUUCUCUGAACGGUUCCAUUUACGUGAGGGUGCUGUUUCAAAACACAGGCUGCGAAUCACUGUUCUGGCAAGAAAAAUAGUUUUUUUACUUCUCGUCGGUCUUUCAAGCAUAACAUAAAAUAACGCCACUCGUUUUACAAAAAAGCGCAACAAUAGCCCAUCAAAUAUGAUUAUCAUUUAGCAGAAGAGUAAAAAAAAAUUCUCGUACUAAAUUCCGGAAGUCUUUACGUGUCGAAUUCGACGGUCUACCGUGCUACUCAACACUCCCGUCAUAAUAACUUUAAAAAACUGUUUUUUUUCUCUUCUCGCAGGCCUUUUUACACACAUUUCAUUAUAAGUCAAAAGUGAUCUGUUUCGAAUGUGUUAAUGAACUGAUAAUAUUUGACUAAGAAAUUUGCAUUGUUAUCUGAACGUUAUUGUUGGUUCUGUAAAUUCAAUUAAAAAAUAUAAAUUAAGCAGCAGUAAUUCACUGACCUCGAUUGUAGCUUCAUUUUAGUGGUGAUUUCAGUUUACAGAAGAUCUAUCCACUUAUAUUGAAAAAUUAUAGAUAGAAUAAACGACUUUACACUUUAUAGAACUUUUAUGACCAGCACUCACCACGGGCAUAGCAAACAGUAUGACGUACUUUCUUGUAGAGUCGUACGGAUGUCUGUCUGUGAACGUAACAUUGUAGUUGUACUGUAUUUUAUCGGGGCGGAGAACCCAAACUACCGCCCACUACUUGACAGAAAUAUUAAGAAAAGCGCGAAUCUAACAGCUAAUUUUGCUGAAAUGUUCUGAUAGUAGAAUACACGGCCGAGAACGCACUAGGCACAGGUACAGGGAAAUUCAGGAGAUGACCAACCUUGAAACCCAACAACAGUCCUUCUGAAUAAUGUUAAGA